AUGUCGUCUGAUAUCACACUCUAUACCUGGAAUACUGCCAACGGCAUCAAGGCCUCUAUCACCUUGGAGGAGCUUGGUCUCUCCUAUAAGACUGAGCUAAUCGAUAUUGGAAGCAGCAUUCAGAAGGAGGAGUGGUUCUUAAAGAUUAACCCCAAUGGCCGCAUCCCUGCCCUCAUCGACGGCCCACAGCGCGUUUUUGAGAGUGGUUCCAUUAUGCUUUACCUCGUCAACAAAUACGACACCGACCGCAAGAUUAGCUAUGCGCCUGGCACUCCUGAAUACAUUGAGCAGGUAUCCUGGCUGAUGUUCCAAACAGGUGGAAUUGGUCCGAUGCAGGGCCAAGCAAACCACUUCCGACUUGUCGCCAGUGUGCGCUCCGACUACGCCAUCAAGCGGUACAUUGACGAGACCAAGCGCCUUUACUCGGUCCUUGAAUACCGUCUGAAAGAGAGCACCUACCUGGCAGGCUCUAAGUACACAAUCGCCGACAUCACCAACUACACGUGGGUCCGCCGUGGUCCUCAAAUGCUGGAGAUCGAUCUAUCUGAGUUCCCGGCUCUCAAGAACUGGGUAGAUGAGAUCGACAAGCGUGCUGCAGUGCAGAAGGGCGCGGACGUGCCUCACCUUGACCGCACAGACGAGCAAUGGAAUGAGCUCCUCCGAAGCGCUCGAGCUAAGAUUGAUGGAAUGACCAAUUCCGAUCAGCAUUAA